AUGGACCGGCUGGUGCUCGACCAGCUGGCCGGCGAGGCCCUGCGGGAGGUGCUGCACGCGGUGCAGGGCACCCUGUUCUGCCGCUCCACCGCCGAGCGCCUGCGCCGGAGCGUCGAGCCGCUGCUGCCGCUCGUCCAGGGCCUGGGCCCGCACGCCGGCCAGCGCUCGGCCGGGGAGCUCGGCGAGCUCGCGGCGCGGGUCCGGGAGGCGCUUGACCUGGCCCGCCGCGCCGCCACGUCCCCGCGCUGGAACGUCUACCGCGCCGCGCAGCUGUCGCGCCGGAUGGAGGCCGCCGACCGCGGCAUCGCGCGCUGGCUCGAGCGCCACGCCCCCGCCCACGUCAUCAGCGGCGUGCGCAGGCUCCGCGACGAGGCCGACGCCCGCAUCGGCCGCCUCGAGCGCCGCGUCGAGGAGAUCGCCGCCGCCGCGCAGCCGCCGGCGCCCCCCGCCCUCUCCGUCCCCGUCGCGCCGCCGCACAAGGGCGUGCCCAUGCCGAUGGAGGCGCCGCUCGCCAAGCCCGCCUUCGCCGCUGUGCCGAUGGAGGUGCCGCCGCACAAGGGCAUGGCUGUGUCUAUGUCGGUGCCGAUGAAGGCGGCGCCCGCCAAGGCCGGGGUCAUGGCCAUGGACAUGGACCUCACCGAGGGACAUGAAGACGAGGGGAUGGUUGGCGCCGGCGUCAAGGUGGCCAAGGAAAAGGUGAAGGAGAUGGUUAUGAGCGGCGGCGGCGGCUGGGAGGUGGUCGGUAUCUCCGGCAUGGGCGGCAGCGGCAAGACCACGCUCGCCAUGGAGAUCUUCAGGGAUCACAAGGUCCGAGCCUACUUCAAUGAUAGGAUCUUCUUUGAGACGAUCUCACAAUCCGCAAAUUUGGAGACCAUCAAGAUGAAGCUGUGGGAGCAGAUCAGCGGCAACAUCGUGCUUGGUGCAUACAACCAGAUCCCAGAAUGGCAGCUCAAGUUAGGACCAAGGGACCGAGGACCUGUCCUUGUAAUCCUUGAUGAUGUUUGGUCUCUCCCACAGCUUGAGGAGCUCAUCUUCAAGUUCCCUGGGUGCAAGACUCUAGUUGUAUCAAGAUUCAAGUUCCCCACGUUGGUAAAGCAGACAUAUGAAAUGCAGUUGCUAGAUGAGGCAGCGGCUUUGUCUGUCUUCUGCCGUGCUGCUUUCGAUCAGGAGUCUGUUCCGCAGACUGCUGACAAGAAAUUGGUUAGGCAGGUCUCUGCAGAGUGCAGAGGUCUUCCUCUGGCUCUUAAAGUCAUUGGUGCAUCGUUGCGCGAUCAGCCUCCUAUGAUAUGGCUCAGCGCCAAGAACCGGUUGUCUCGAGGAGAGGCUAUUUCUGACUCCCAUGAGACCAAGCUUCUAGAGAGAAUGGGGGCAAGCGUUGAGUGCUUGUCAGAGAAGGUUAGAGAUUGUUUCCUUGAUCUGGGCUGCUUCCCAGAAGAUAAGAAGAUCCCCCUUGAUGUCUUGAUCAACAUCUGGAUGGAGAUUCAUGACCUUGAUGAACCAGAUGCUUUUGCCAUCUUGGUUGAGCUUUCAAACAAGAACCUUCUUACCCUCGUCAAUGAUGCACAGAACAAGGCUGGAGAUUUGUACAGUAGCUACCAUGACUACUCGGUGACACAACAUGAUGUGUUGAGAGAUCUUGCUCUUCACAUGAGUGGGCGUGACCCUCUGAACAAGCGGAGGCGGUUGGUGAUGCCAAGAAGGGAAGAAACACUUCCGAGGGAUUGGCAGAGGAAUAAGGAUACUCCGUUUGAAGCUCAGAUAGUUUCCAUUCAUACAGGUGAAAUGAAAGAAUCUGACUGGUUCCAGAUGAGCUUCCCCAAGGCAGAAGUGCUGAUCCUCAACUUCGCCUCGAGCUUGUACUACCUCCCACCGUUCAUCGCGACGAUGCAGAACCUGAAAGCCCUGGUGCUGAUCAACUACGGCACCAGCAGUGCAGCCCUUGACAACCUAACGGCCUUCACCACGCUCAACGGCCUGAGGAGUCUCUGGCUGGAGAAGAUCAGGCUCCCGCCGCUGCCAAAGACCACCAUCCCGCUGAAGAACCUGCACAAGAUCUCCCUCGUCCUCUGCGAGCUGAACAGCAGCCUAAGAGGAUCGACGAUGGACCUGUCGAUGACUUUUCCGCGCCUCUCCAACCUCACAAUCGACCACUGCAUAGACCUGAAGGAGCUGCCAUCAAGUAUCUGCGAGAUCAGCUCGCUCGAGACCAUCUCCAUCUCGAACUGCCACGACCUCACCGAGCUUCCCUACGAGCUGGGCAAGCUGCACUGCCUGAGCAUCCUCCGGGUGUACGCAUGCCCGGCGCUGUGGCGGCUCCCAGCGUCGGUCUGCAGCCUGAAGAGGCUGAAGUACCUCGACAUAUCGCAGUGCAUCAACCUGACCGACCUCCCGGAGGAGCUCGGCCACCUGACGAGCCUGGAGAAGAUCGACAUGCGGGAGUGCUCGCGCCUGAGGAGCCUCCCGCGGUCGUCGUCGUCGCUCAAGUCCCUCGGCCACGUCGUGUGCGACGAGGAGACGGCGUUGCUGUGGAGGGAGGCCGAGCAGGUCAUCCCUGACCUCCGGGUGCAGGUGACCGAAGAGUGCUACGACCUGGACUGGCUAGCGGACUGA